AUGACGUUGCACGACAUCACCACAGAGACACCAAGAGCUGGUGUCGACAUCAUGCUCCUGAAGCGCUACCGACCGCCGACCGAGAAGAAGCAUCAACAGUUUGCACUUCAAGUAAAGUUCAACACAUCAGUCUCCCUCGACCAGCUACAGACUCUGGAUUCAGUGAAGACCGAGCAAGGCUCAACUACACUUAAGCGCUCGCCACUUUCUAGGAGGUUGGGCGGCAUUCCGAUCUAA